GUUCGCUACGCUUCCUCCUGACCCGCGGCCGCCGCCCCGACAUCCCGAGCCGAGCCCGAGGCGCUGGCCGCUCCAGCCGCCCGGAGCCCGGCGGGCUGGGCUUCCCCGCGCCGGUGCUCGCCCGCUGCUCCGCGGUUCCGCUGCUCCCGCCGCCGGGAGCCGCUGUCGUGUUGCCGCAGAGACUCGGACGCCGCCGGCCCGUGGAACCAAUGAGAACUCCGCUGCUACCCCUGGCGCUCUCAGUGCUGUCACUGCUGGUCUUAGGCUCAGGCCAUUAUGCAGCUGCGUUGGAACUCAAUGACACCAGCUCUGGGAAAGGAGAACCAUUUUCUGGGGACCACAGUGCUGGUGGACUUGCGGUUUCUGUGGGAAGUGAGGUCUCUACCAUAAGCGAAAUGCCCUCUGGCAGUGAACUCUCCACAGGGGACUAUGACUACUCAGAGGAGUAUGAUAAUGAACCACAAAUAUCCGGCUAUAUUAUAGAUGAUUCAGUCAGAGUUGAACAGGUGAUUAAACCCAAGAAAAAUAAGACAGAAGGAGACAAGUCUACAGAAAAACCCAAAAGAAAGAAAAAGGGAGGCAAAAGUGGAAAAGGCAGAAGAAAUAAGAAGAAGAAAAAGAAUCCAUGUACUGCCGAGUUUCAGAACUUUUGCAUUCAUGGUGAAUGCAAAUACAUCGAGAACCUGGAGGUGGUGACAUGCAAUUGUCAUCAUGAUUACUUUGGUGAACGGUGUGGAGAAAAAUCAAUGAAGACACACAGUGAGGAUGACAAUGACCUCUCCAAGAUUGCCAUAAUUGUCUUUGUCUCUGCAGUAGGCCUCAUGGCUAUUGGCGUUAUCACAGUGCAGCUUCGGAAACGAUACUUCAGGGGAUAUGAAGGAGAAGCAGAAGAAAGAAGGAGGCUUCGACAAGAAAAUGGGACUGUGCACGUCAUAGCCUAGCUGAAGAUAGUGCAGGAUAACAGUCAAGUCACUGCCAAGCCACACCAGAAGUGACACAUCGGUCCUCCUUUCAGUGAAGGAAGCAGAGACUUCUGAUGGCCCCAGAUGCUCAGUUGUCACUUUUUAUGAUAGUCUUAUUUCUGUACAUAAAGAGAUGUGUAAAGAUAAGAUAUUUUUUCAUGUUGUAAAUAAUUUAUUUAAUAUUUAAGUGUUAUUUAUUUUAUAGCUCAUUAAACUUUUUUUAAACA